AAAAUCUUAAAUUUGGACAAGAAAAAUUUUAUCUUUAUGAAAGUGAAGUAAAUAGAAACUAAGAAAUGUGCCUGCCUUAUCGGGAAGUGGAAGAAGAAAAUUAGGGAAAUCAAUGGCGGAGGAGAAAUACAAAACCCUAGAGGUAGUAGAGAAGAACCCCAAAUCAGGGGUGUUCCACCUUUACUUGAAUCGUCCGAGACAACGCAACGCUCUGACGUAUGAUUUCUUCACUGAGUUCCCCAAAGCCCUGUAUGCCCUGGACCACAACCGUGACGUCAACGUCAUCGUGUUAUCCGGCGCAGGUGAUCACUUCUGCUCCGGCAUCGACAUUUCCCAGUUGAAAUCUAUCACGCAGUCCUACCACGAUGCCGGGGAGAGUCUCCGUCGGCAGAUCCUGGCGAUGCAAGAUUCCGUCACGGCGUUGGAGCGGUGCCGAAAGCCAGUGAUUGCUAGUAUCCAUGGCGCUUGCAUCGGGGGUGCAAUUGACAUCGUGACAGCCUGUGACUUAAGGUAUUGCACGGAGGACGCGUUCUUUUCGGUGAAGGAGGUUGAUUUGGCCCUGGCUGCUGAUCUCGGCACUCUUCAGAGACUGCCAUUAAUUGUUGGCUACGGUAACGCCAUGGAGUUGGCCUUGACAGCUCGCCGGUUUUCCGGUUCCGAGGCUAAGCAGUUGGGCCUCGUUUCUCGCGCUUUCCCUUCCAAAGAUGACCUCGAUCAAGCUGGCAGCUGCGUCGCUGAAAGGGACUUCCCCGCCGCCUUGUGCAACAGAAAGAUUAUUGGGGCUCGCUACUUCUCCGCCAGCUACGAGGCCACCAACGGCAAGAUGAAUGACACCCUUGAGUACCGUUUUCCCAGGGACUCCGAUGGCCAUGGCACCCACACCGCUUCCAUCGAGAUUGAGAGAGAGAGGAGGGGGAGGAGAUGA